AUGAGGCAGGUGAGGGUGUUAAUGGCAGGUGAGGGUUAUGAAGCCUCAUCUGAGGAUGAUGAUUUUUCCACAAUGGAUGUCGGUAGUGGCUCUGAUGAUGAUGUUCUGUUUGAAGAACAUCUUGAUUUGGAUGUGGAUGAAAAUGUUGAAGGCAGAAAAGAAGGGGUAAAUAGAGAAGGGUUAGAUAGUGGUUAUGAUGAUGCUGUGCUGGAAAGAGUUAUUGAUGAGUAUGUGGAUGAGCAGGAUCUUGUGGAGAAACAUCAGCUAGAUAUGGCAGAUUGUCCAGAUACUAAAGGCAAGACCUCAUGGCCGGAGUUAGUGGGGCAAAACGGUAGGUUUGCCGAGGCAGUGAUCGAGCGUGAGAACCCAAACGUGGACGCGAUUGUGGUUUUAGAUGGAAGUCCGGAUACCACGGAUAUCAGGUGUGAUCGUGUACGUGUUCCGGUCAAUUACUCGGGCAUCGUGGUUCGUACUCCUACAGUUGGUUAA